AUGCAAUACAAAAAAUCAUUAGUUGCCUCCGCCUUAGUUGCUACAUCUUUAGCUGCCUAUGCUCCAAAGGACCCGUGGUCCACUUUAACUCCAUCAGCUACUUACAAGGGUGGUAUAACUGAUUACUCUUCUACUUUCGGUAUUGCUGUUGAACCAAUUGCCACUACUGCUUCCUCCAAGGCUAAGAGAGCCGCUGCUAUCUCUCAAAUUGGUGACGGUCAAAUCCAAGCCACUACCAAAACCACUGCUGCUGCUGUUUCUCAAAUUGGUGACGGUCAAAUCCAAGCCACUACUAAAACCAAAGCUGCUGCUGUCUCUCAAAUUGGUGACGGCCAAAUCCAAGCCACCACCAAGACUACCUCAGCUAAGACUACCGCUGCAGCCGUCUCCCAAAUUGGUGACGGUCAAAUUCAAGCCACUACUAAAACCAAAGCUGCUGCUGUCUCUCAAAUUGGUGACGGUCAAAUCCAAGCCACUACCAAAACAACUGCUGCAGCUGUCUCUCAAAUUGGUGACGGUCAAAUCCAAGCCACUACUAAAACCACUGCUGCUGCUGUUUCUCAAAUUGGUGACGGUCAAAUCCAAGCCACCACCAAUACUACUGUUGCUCCAGUCUCCCAAAUCACUGAUGGCCAAAUCCAAGCCACAACUUUAACUUCUGCAACCAUUAUACCAUCUCCAGCUCCAGCUCCAAUUACUAAUGGCACUGACCCAGUAACUGCUGAAACAUGUAAAAGCAGUGGCACUUUAGAAAUGAACUUAAAGGGUGGUAUCCUGACUGACGGUAAAGGUAGAAUUGGUUCUAUCGUUGCCAACAGACAAUUCCAAUUCGAUGGUCCUCCACCACAAGCUGGUGCUAUCUAUGCUGCUGGUUGGUCCAUCACCCCAGAAGGUAACUUGGCCAUCGGUGACCAGGAUACUUUUUACCAAUGUUUGUCAGGAAACUUCUACAACUUAUACGAUGAGCACAUUGGAACUCAAUGUAAUGCAGUCCACCUACAAGCUAUCGAUUUGCUCAACUGUUAA